UCCCUUUUCCCACCUUUAGCUUUUCUUCCCUCCCUCUCUCCUCUCUCUCUCUCCUCUCUCUCUCUCUCUCUCCUCUUCUCCGCCGAGCUAAAGCUUUGACAAACUCUCUCUAUAUAUAUUUGGUUGGAUUUUUUUCCUAUAAUCACAUCAAGAUCACUUGUGUCUAGGCCUCCUGAUCAGCGAAGAGGUAUUAACUUUAGAGUUGGGAUUGGAGAAGGAAAGAGGAGGGUGGUGGGGGAGAUAGAGGGAGAAGAGAAGGAUCUAGGGAGGAGAAGAUGAAUAAUCCACCUAACAUGGCAGGACAAUUUGGAGACACCACUUACACCAAGAUCUUUGUUGGGGGUCUGGCUUGGGAGACCCAAAGAGAGACCAUGAGGAAAUAUUUUGAGCAGUUUGGAGAGAUCCUAGAGGCUGUGGUCAUCACUGAUAAGAAUACUGGAAGAUCCAAAGGCUAUGGAUUUGUUACAUUUCGAGAGCCGGAGUCUGCGAUGCGGGCUUGUGUAGAUCCUGCACCAGUGAUCGAUGGAAGGAGGGCUAAUUGUAACCUUGCUUCUCUUGGGGUUCAGAGAUCUAGACCAACAACACCUCUCCAUGGUGGAAGCAGAAACUUUAGGGCAAUGAAAUCUUUUCAAGCAGGCCAGCUUCAGGGUGGGAUGGGUACAGCUUUUCCAUCUCCUGCCACCUUCCCUCAUUAUGCCAUCCAACAAGGGAUUCCUUAUAAUGUCUAUGGGUACUCUCCAUAUUCCCCCGAGUACACUUAUCCAACGAGCUAUUACAAUGUGUAUGGAGGGGCAGCUUCUAAUUAUCCAUUGUAUGGAGGAGCAACAACUGGGCUGGUGACUGGAAGCACUGCUUUCUACCCAUACUUCCAGCUUAGUCAGGGCGGAGGGGCUGCCACCUAUGCUCAUGGUCAGGGCUUUGGUUUGCAGUACCCACAGAUGUUGCAGUACUCCGCGGCGACCACAACGGCCGGAGUGACGGGGUUCUCGGGGCAGCAUUAUGAAGGGCCCUUGUCUCUUGCUCCAACUCCCCCAGCUCAAGCAGUGUGUUUUACUCUAAAACAGGCAUGACUAUGGCUCUUGCAGCUCCAACUCUGCCAACUCCAACAGCCCAUCACUACAGACUCAUCCCUACUCCCCUCACCGCAACGACGGCACCAGAGCAACCCUUGGCUUAACCAUGGUUUUUCCUUUCAUCUCUCCCCACUGCACUUCCUUUCUCUUCUCGAUCAUUCUCCUUUCAUGUGUCUGUGUGUCCAUAUCUUUCCUUCUCUAAAACAUGCCCAAGUUUGCACCUUAAGGACCCAGCUUUUUUAGUCCUGGAGAGGCUAAAGAAAUAAAGUUUCAAGUUGGGAAGAAUUAUCCAAGUCUUAGAUGCAUUGAUGCUAAUUGGGCAGUUCACUAAGCUUUAGCCCUGGGAUGGGCUUAAAGCAUCCACACCCCAGGGUGGGGUGGCAUCUCCAAAGAUAAAAGGGUCACUAACCUGAGCUCCUCACGAGCCAGGCACAAGAACCCUUUCUAACCCCAUAGCCCAAGCUGGGCUUGAGCCAAAACAAUCCUAACUUGGACUUCAAGAUGAUGAUUUUUAAAAGCAAAUGGUCAAGUCUCUUCCAAUAUUAGCCUUAGGUUGGCUCAUCUUGCUUCAACCUCUGCUAAAUACCUCUAGAUGUAGGGGCAAAUUUAGCCAAAUCCAAGGGCAAAGGCAAGCCCUGGACCAUGUUCUAAUCUUAGCCCUUGCAUGGGCUACUUAAAACACCCUCAUGAUUCUACUGAGUUGUUAUCAUCCACCAUGUGCCACUUUACCCCAACAUUACCUAAUAAGCAUAUUAGAACUUAGUGUAACCAACCAUGUAAUCCCUUACCUAGAGAAAGGUAAGAUGCCUUAAUUAACUAGUAGUCCUCCUCUAUUGGCUUUCUGUAUACAUUCAUGAGGCUGGGCUCUGAGGAGAGUCUAGGCCUCAGUCAAGGCGGGUUUGAGAAGGGCUAGUGCUUGUUUUUGGCAUGUAGCUCUACCCCCUGUCCCAUACUUCAGAUGGGCUCCACAUAUGGCUGUGGAGUUCCUCUUCACCCUUAGGAUAGUUGAAGUUUUCCCAACCCAACGGUCCCCAGGGAGAUAUUUUUGGUCUCUUGGGUCCCAUCUCCCCUAACUCUACUCCAAAAACNCCAUGGUUGAGUCCAAGAGUCUCUCUCUCUCUCUCUCUCUCUCUCUC